AUGGGUAAAGACAAGUCAGAAAAGAAAGACAAGAAGGAGAAGAAGGAAAAGAAGCGCUCCGAAAGCGACGGCGUGCACAAGCAAAAGAAAGAGAAAAAGAAGGAAAAGAAGCUCUCCGACGUCGCCGAGAAGGAAAUCACUGAGAAGGUGCUAGAAGGAUUGGACAAGGUCGAAGAUGUUGAAGUCAAUGACAAUGUUGAAAUGACCGACGUCACGGAGAAACUGGUUGGCGCUCUUGUGCCAUUUGCCGACCCUCUGGUGGAGGACAAGACCUCGAAGAAGGUAUUCAAGACUGUGAAGAAAGCCGCUGUCAACAAAUCCCUCAAGCGUGGUGUCAAAGAGGUCGUCAAGGCCCUUCGCAAAAGCCCCAUUCCAGCCGCCAACGCGCCCAACACAGAGCCCAUUGGAGUGGUCAUUCUCGCUGCCGACAUUUCGCCGCCAGACGUCAUUAGCCAUAUCCCCGUGCUGUGCGAAGAGCACGGUGUCCCUUAUGUUUUCGUAACGUCGAGGGCAGAGCUCGGUGCGGCCGGCGCCACGAAGCGCCCAACCAGCGUGGUCAUGGUGACUCCCAAAUCGAGCGGCAAGAGCAAGAAGAAGGACAGCGAGGGAGAUGAUGAAGACUUUGGCAAGGCGUUUGCGGAUCUUGUGAAGCUGGCUCAGAAAGAGCAAGAAAAGAUCAAGAUUUGA